AAAUCUAAAAAGACUGUGUAGCAGACAAUGAUGUGAUAGAAACAAUGAAAAGUGAAGGUGAGAGCAAAGUGCAAGAUAUCAAUAUUCCAGUCAUGGAUUUAACUAAAAGCAGGUAUUCUGAUGAACUAGACAUAAACAAUGAUAUCUAAGGACAUCUAACCCAAGAACACUCAUAUUUUUUUUCUUAAUAUGAGACUGUGAUCAUAGGCUAUAAGGAUCUUGGCAUAUAUGAUGGCAAAAGGUCUAUUU